AUGUUCAUCUCUGUCACUGGAACAUCAAUAGUACCUGGUUCUUCUUCUGCAGUCUCUGUGCCCUUGUCGAUGUCCAUCUCUGUUACUGGAGCAUCAGCCACUGCAUUGGCAGUCUCUGUGCCCUUCUCUUUCACUUGUUCUGCAUUCGCAGUCCCUGGAUCAGCAGUCACUGAUGGCUGGGCAGUCCCUGGAUCAUCACUCCCAGCAUUGGCAGUCUAUGUGCCCUUCUCUGUCCCUUUUUCUGCAUUGGCAGUCCCUGAUGGCUCCCCUACAUAG